CAGUCGCGUGGUAGCGGUGGUAGCCCGUCGUGUCAUGGAGGAUCUCCUGCUGCAGAUUGUCAGGGAAUCGAACAAUGCAAGACUACAGAAUUUACGGAAAUCGGCGCAGGAAGCGCACGAUUUUCUGGAGAAGCAACAAGGCUUGCUACGAGAUCCGCCUCACGAGUUGCGCGCGAAAUGCUUACAUACGUUUCAGCUAGCACUGGAGAGCAACAGGAGCAAGUUUAUUGCUUUCGGGCUUGCAGGAUUACACAAGAUGUUGAGAGACGACAGAUUCCAAUCACCUUACGAGCCAGAAGACGAUUCGCUAUGGUUGCCUGCGCAAAUGUUGCACGCCAUGAGCUCCAUCGUCUCGCAAUCCGACGACACGCAGACGGAUAUGCUCAAGGUUUUACUUCAAGUUGCCUGUUCCCCCUACUGGACCAUGAACGGCCGUCUCAUCAUCGCGAUACUGACUACGUGCUGCGAGGCCUUCGAGAACGGAAAUCAAGCCGUGCGUACGGCCGCACAGGCGGCAACAAGUCAAACAUUGCGAUCGUUUUGUCUGUUUUUAGAUGAGGAGUGUCAGGAGAUGGACGAGAAUGCAAAGCGGAACAAAAACGUCCGCGAGCGAGGCGUCUCGUGCUUUAACGAGGCGCUGCCGAUCCUGCAGUACAUCUGCAGCAAGCUCGACGAGGCUCAAAACAACAGCAGAAACGGCAACACCGUGGUCUUCCUGCUGGAGUGCCUGCACACGCUCAUAUCGUCCUUACCGCAAAAGAUCCACACCAACACGCACUUCACGACCUUCCUGUGGCAAAAGUUCUGUCCCGCCUUGAUAGCUUUUCUCGGCACACCCCGGGUAGAUAAGACCUUUACAUCUCGCGAGGGGAAGGAGAACGAGGUUGGCAGAGGCUCCGGAUACUUGGCUACGUCCUUGAGUUUCGACAGUCAUCAAGCUAAGACUGUCUAUAGUAUUGGGACGGAAUUAGUGAGACUGGUAGGAUGCGUCGGUCCGUUGCGACCUGUCUUGGAAUCGGUAUUCCAUAGAAUGCUGCUAUAUCCACCGCCACAGCAACGUCUGGAACCUCUGAAGGCGCUGAAGGAGUUGCUGCGCAGUCCCAGUCGCAUGGUUGAUUUUGCUGGGCCGUUGCUGGUGGAAGAAGAUCGAUCGAGUCACAUACAAAGCGACAUGGCGUUGAUGAGAUUGGCGAUGGAUUCAAUCGAGGAAUCCACAACCGGUGGAUUAGCUAUAUUGCAUGCGAGUGUGUCCUGUGUCGUCGCUAUGCUGUCAGCGCUUCAGGAACUUUGCGAGGGCAAGGCUAUUAAUCACAAUUAUACGUGUACGAUCAAUAGUUUGUACGAGGAUCUGGAAUCCUGCGACUAUCGUGGACCUUUGACCUACCAGAGCAUGGCACGGUUGCCAAAAACGUAUAGGGAACAAUUGGAAUUAAUGAAGAAAGGCAUGGGUUCAGAUUCUGAUUCGUCUGGACAUGGACCAUCGGAGGAUGGCGAUUCCACGGAUACCGAAGGUCCGCAAAACGAGUCGGACGAGGUGCAAGAAGAGAACAGUCUCGACGACAACGAUUGCACAACGGAGAACGAAUGUGAGAGGCUGAGAUUGAAGAAAUUACCCAAGUAUCUUCACGUAGGGCGGCAGGUGGCUGAUGAAUGCAACGUCGACGUGGAAAGGCACAAUGCUAGGCGAUUCGUGCGAACGCUCAGAUCUGAUCUUAUACCGAUGGUGUUGACUUUGAGAAGUAACAUUGAAGUGGACGAAGCCUUGCAGAACUUUGCCUCCGAAUACUGUCAAGGAGUAUUUGCAGCUCAGCAGAAGAUACAAGAACAAAGCGACACUAGUGCAGAGACGUGUGCGUUAAUUACAAUCAUGAACGCUGACGGAAUUUAUUUAGCGACGUAUGCGGCACUGCUUCUUAAUUUAAAAUUGAUCCGAAUAAAUUACUAUCACGAUGAAGAUCGACAAAUACCAGUCAGCGAGGAGCAAUUUGUCGAGGAAGUGCACGGCUCAGGGGUGCUGGUUUACCUUUCAGCCACGUGGCUGUCCGAAUUGUAUCAGCAAGUACUCGCGUGCAAUUUACUGGAGAAAUGUGGCUAUAAUCGCAGCUCCACGGAGAAUAAUGCGCUGGUCAAUGUUCUCACGGACGUGGAUGGAAUACCUGGUAGUCAAAGGGGCGGACAGUUGCUUUCCGAUUACAUAAGAUUGGAGCGAGCUCAGCUUUCCCGAAGUGAGCCGACGCCCGAAGCGGAGGCUGGCGCGAGACUUUCUAGGAGAGUAUUGACCUGUUGUUGGGGUAGCAUGAUGACGGUUCUCACGACUGGACUGAACCCUCCUAAAGAGGAGACUAACAAAGGCAUUUUGAACAGAGACGGCGGUAGAAGAGGAGUUAGAGAUACGGUUGUCCUGGCACUCGAGGGACUUCAUAAAGCUGCUACUCUGAGCAACAUACUUGGUUUACAAAACCGCUGCGGCUCCAUUUUCGCUCUUCUCGCAAAGGCCGCUUGUACCGAGCAAUCCAUUUCAAGAAUUACUCGCAAGAAGGAUGUUCUCCGGCUUAAAUUGCAGAAUAGAGCGACCAAUAUUCACACAUCUCAUGCGCUCAGCAUGGACGUUCUUCUAGGAAGAGGCCUGGAGCUUGGUAGCCACGGUAGUGACUGUUGGCCGCAUGUUUUUACGUGUUGUCUAUAUGUGAGCAAAUUAGAGCACGACUUUUUCGGAAGGAAUCAGAAUCCGUCACUGCCUAAAGCCCAUCAGAAGAAGGAAAAGAAAGAUAUUGCGAAUGGCGAUACUAAGAAUAGCCAAGACAGGCUUCGAUUGAAUUUUAACAUUGUCGAUGAUGAGGAAACCUGCGUGGACGUCUACAGCUUCCUUUCGAGUCCUUACACGCAGAAUCCCAGCUCUGACACGACUCCUGAGAUUAUUCAGGAAUCAAACGCGGAUAGCCAGUUUAACGGGAUCUUACCAGCGGAUUACGCCGCCAAGAUUAUUUGCGUGUUAUCGCAACAGGUCGAUAGGCUCUUCGAAGACGCGGCACUGAAAUUGAAUCUCAGAGCGCUCUGCUCUUUCCUCACGGCACUUUGUAAAGCCAGCAAGGCGCAAUUGUUCAAAACCACCGACGGGUGUAAAGACAAUAAAAGAUUUUGGUGGAGACGUAAUAAACCGAGAGAAAACGAGAUGAAUGUGUUACUCCUGGCUCGUUUGGGCGAAGUUAUGCUGAAGUGCGUGAAAAGUGGCAGACCUUUGAUUCAUAUAAUGGGGGUAUGGAGCAUUUUGGGGCCGCACUUUAUGGAAGCGGCUUGUCACGAGGAUCGCAGCAUCUCGAAGAAAGCCGUUCAGUGCAUUCACGACUCCAUGGCAGCCUUGUUGAACGAACAGAUAGAGCUUCCGCAUUUCCACUUCAACGAGGCUCUCUUCAAGCCUUUCGAAAAUCUUUUGUGUCUCGAGCUCUGCGACAGUGAUGUGCAGGAUCAAAUUGUCAGUUGCAUCUGUGAGUUUGUCGAAACGAAUCGCACCGAAAUCCGUUCAGGCUGGCGCCCGCUUUUCGGCGCGUUGCGAGUAGCGUCGGUGGGAAACUCGGAUUCCGUGGAGUCGGCACCUUUGUUGGAAGUCUUCAGGGUCUUCCUCUCAACGGACAACACGUUGGUGUUCGCUAACGCCGCGCUGGAUUGCAUCCUCUGCCUGCUGAAACACGUGAGAGGCAUCGGCGACAACGAGGCUCAAUCUGAGGAGAAUGAAAAUAUCGACAGCGCGGAAUCAAGAAGGAUGCGGCUCUGCGUGGAGAGCUUGAAGUACUUGCUGAGCUGCAGCGACAUCCUCUCGUCGAUGUACAGAAUGCCGGCCUGUCCGAUCUUCCAUUCCGCCCAGAGGAUCCAGGUAUCCAUGAUCCCGCAGUACGUGGAUUCAAUCAUCCCGAAUCUUGAGCUGACCAGAUUCGACAAGCAUAUCGAGUCGCUGCAAGAGGUCAUCCCGGAAAGAUCGUACGACGUUCUGACCCCGUUAAUCGACAAGGGCGCUCACACCAUCGUCACCCUGCAGAGCAUGGACAAACCCAGUGGUAUCCUCAGGGUCUGGUACAUUCUUAUCGAGGGUCUGGCGAGCGCGACGAUGAUCUGCCCAAAGCGCUAUCAACCGCACACUCUGGAGACCCUGUUCCACCUUCUGCGCGACAUUCUGAACGUGCCCGGGCCGGCGUUCGGGCUCUACUGCGUCAAUCAUUUGCUGCUACCUAUGGUGCAAAAUUGGCUGAGGAAAACUUCCAAGAUCUUCCGCGGCUGGGACAACUUCGCGCCCAACUUUAAGCAGUGCUGCGGCCUCACGACGGACCUCGUGGUCGAUUAUCUGACUCAUUUGCAAGGUCCAGAGGUCGUAAGGAACGAUGUCUAUUUGCCGGCAACCACGCUGAUGUUGAAACAACUUUUACUGGUGAUGGCGGAAUGCGUGGUUCAGCCUACGGAGAGCAUAGCUCGCCUCGGUUGCGCUUGCAUCAGACACGUCCUGGUGAGCAGUGGGCCGCUUCUCACUCCGGAACAAUGGGAAGUGUGCGGCGUCGCGUGCUAUCGCGCCUGUUCAAACUCGCUGCAAGAGCUGCACCAGCUGACCAUGGCUUUCUCACCCAGGUCGGAGUCCUUUUACGGGGACGUGGCGCAGGUGAAGGUCGCGGCGCGCCGAGACGCGACACCGGAAGAAACGGAACGGCUGCGACAGCUCGCCGCCCAGGUGUUCCUUUUGGAGGAACAAACGCGCGUCGAGGAAGCCUCGCGGUCCGAUGAGAGGUCGUACGUGUUCCUUCUGUACCCUCCUGCCGUAGGCACCACUCUCAAUCCUGAUCUCUACAUUGUUAGAGUCCAGCUGCGCGCGUUGGUAGUCGGGCUCCUGGUACAUCAGAUGUUGCUCCAUUGCAUCGCGAGCGUCCUUCUUCAGGGCGCCGGCACUUCUCUCUCAAGCUUAUCUCACGUGAUUCCGCAUUCGACGCCGUGCAGCUCGCCCAACCCCAACGUCAAACGGGGCUUCCUCUCUCAUCUGAAUCCGCAUCACGUGGAGAUCUUCCUCUCCGCCUUGGAUCUCUCUUACGUCGCCGCGCUGAAGUUCGACUGUCGACCCGGCCUCAAGUUCCUGGUGCAGAAGGUGGCGAAUCUCGAGCAGCCGGCGAAUCUAUAUCGUCAAGCGGCUGCUGCUUGGACCAUCAAGAUCAUCACGCUGUUCGAGCUGUGCCUGAACGAGAUAGAUGAGCUGCACGCGAAUCUGGAUCUCGUGAAGACGAUUCUAGGCACAGGUCUAAGUGAUAGAGAGUGCAUCUACGAUGUCAAGUACCGGAAGUUUACCAAGUAUCUCCGGCAACUCCGUACGACUUUCGACGAGCUCUGCGAGACCUACGUCGAGGUGGUGCUUGAUGAAGAUGGCAAGUACACCAAGGUCGAUAGUUUCGCGGAGAGGAAGAUAUUCCUGCUGGUGGCACAGCCUGACGACUAUCCUGAGAUCACUAGAAAGGAACCUAUCGACGACCGGCUCGUCAUCAGCACUCCUGCGCUCGUCGAGUCAUCGAUGCAGGAGAACCCUGAGAUCCAGCAGAAUCAACUCAACGACGAUGAAGACGAUCAGGAUGAUCCGGACGACGUGUACAAUCCAAAUCUGGAUGAUGAGAGCGGCUUAGAGGAGCUCGGAGUCGAGUGUGAAAACGACCCAAGACCCUUCAGAUUGUCGGACUUGGCUGCGGAGUACUCGACCGAUUCCGGUCCGCAGUCCGAACCGGAAACCGAUGACUCCAGGCCGAUGUCCAGGCUUGGCUCGGUCACGGAGAAGAUUGUUUACACCGAUCGCUCCGGAGGAACCUCCAGCGAGGGUUACAUCGACGCCAAGUACGACGCCGUGACCCCGGCGCCUCCCAAAAUGAUAUAUAAUCGUGAUGAUCUGUGUUAUAAUCUGGAAUCGACCGACACUUCUAUGAGGACCUCCAUGAUGGACGAAAGGAUGCUGGAUCGACAUACGUAUUCCGACGAAAACUUCUUAUACCGGAAGUCGUAUCCGGGGCGACGCGGUAGCGAUCCGGUUGUCCGGUGUUCCCUAUCUAAACGGAAAUCUUUGACGUCCGUCACGGCAGUGGAUUCCAAAGACGUGAAUAACUUUUCGCCGAUCGAUCUUGUAGAUCUUCGACCGAAAUCUGUAAUGGAACUACGCAGAACGCCCGCCUGGACGACGUCAGAUGAUCCUUCACACGAGCCUCACGACCCGAAAGAAAGUAUCAAAGAAGAGAACAAAAAGAACUCGAAAUCCUCGCAGAUCCUUGACAAUAUGGACGAAUUACUGCGCGAUUAUGAACGCAGCAAGCGUGGCUUCAGGACGAAUCCCUUUUUGCGGAGCGAGGAAGAGGCACCUGCGACCGAAAGUCAAUUGAUUGCUAAUCAGGAAAUGGAAUUCCAUAGGAGAAACAUCGGUAAGGACAGCGAAGCACACAGGAAAGCCUGGGCAGAUACUUUGAACACCGCGCUGGAAUGGGCCUUAGCUUUGCCCGAUGAGCGACUGGCGCCGUUGCUUCCGGUUUUCGUGAGCGGCGUGCGGAUACUGACUAGGCACGCCAUGGACCAGAGCUUGAAGCAACGUCUCUCGGCCCUGUUUCACCGUAUCGCCGUCCUUUAUGGAUUGACAAAUAAUUAAUAGCGAUCGGGCAUGAUCCCAGUACACGCGCGAUUGCAGCCUUAGUUGUAAGACUUACUUUGCAAGUGAUGAAAAGGAGAACACUUUGAUAUGUCCGACGAUUGCUUUUACAAGUUCUCGAUUACUGCUGUGAUAGGUACGCAAGAUCCGAAGAGGAAAGCGCGUAGAAGCAGGAUGCAUCGGUGUAUUUCAAUUCGCGAGGAUCGGCCAAACGUGGAGAUGUACAUAGCAAUUAUUGAAUUUGAGAAAAACACGAUGUUCCCGUUUCCGCGCGCGGGUCUCUAUUUUUUCCGCUCAUGCCGACGCGUCGGCACCUCGGAGACAAGGAUUUUAUUUACGAUCCAUUCCGCACGCACAUCUCUCGAUUCUCAUUUUAUGCUCUUUGCGCUUAACUGUAGUUUGCGGUCCGCUCCGUAGUGCCGGGUGUACCGGAUUUUUGCUUCCAAUGUAAUGCUUGAACGCGGGCGUGUCGCAACGAAUGGGAGACGGAUGAGGGACGCGUCUCGGAGUCGCGGGUGAUGCUGGCACUCCUUUCCUCUUGCCAAAACGAUACCUGGGAAUGGAACGUGAUUUUUAUUAAGCAGCUCUCCCGUAGUUAGAUCGCCGCGAUGUCGCGAUAUCAUUUAUCGUGCAAUUAUUUUUUCAUAGAAGAGAAGAUAGAGCGAAGGAUCUCUCGCGAUGAAGAGAAGGGAUGACAUUCCUCUCUCUCGCAGUGUUGUAGCAUUAUUUUAUUAUAUUAUAUAUAACAUUGUUGGGCCAUGAGUCUCUCUAAGAUUAUAACAUUUACGUUACGUUCCGUAGUUGGUGUUAUUUGUUGACUUAAUUUAUAUCCCUCGCAUUUUGUAAUUGACGUAGACAUAAUAAUCGAACGUUGAUGUAUAUAUCAGAUAUUAUUCCUGAUGUUUCCCGAUGUACGACGCAUUCCAUAAACGUUGUAAAUGUUGUUGAGCAUCAGAUGGUUAAAUGGAGGGAUUAAUAAUUGAUAAUAAAACGUGCCUAUGUAUCCUAUCCUUUGUUUCUCUCCCCAGGAUCUAGAUGUACGAAAAGUAGAACGAAUGAAAGUAACGAGAUGGAUCAAUGCAGCUAAAGCGCGUCCACGAGAUAUAUACGGCAGUUCAAAUAAAAUAUAUGUGACAAGAUGUGUACGAACGUUAAUAAAUUAAUUCUAAUAUCUGAGUA